AUGUGGGGUCAUGAGGACGCUGUAUUGGCUCUGUCCGUCUCUGAGCAUAAUAUUCUUGCUAGUGCCGGAUAUGACGGGAUCAGAGUUUGGCAAUUACCCACUGGAACACCCAUUCUAGCGCCUCAUGCCGAUUCUGCACUUCGUGGCACAGUCUCUGCAUUAACGUGGGUUCCUGUUGCACACGACUGUGAUGUCCUACUCUAUGGAACGGCAUCAGGCUAUCUAGGUUCAUGGCUGAAACGAGAAGGGUGUGACACUGCGGAAGAGGGCUUUGGACGUUGCAUUGGUAACGGCGGAGAGAUCACGAGUUUAACGACAACAAAGGACAAUGAUGGCUCAUUUCUCGUCGCUGUCGCCGCUUUGGACGGGAUACUCCAAGUAUGGCUUCUCAGGGGAGACAAUAGCAUGGAAGGAAAGUUCUCCCUGCAACUAGAUAUUGUUCCCCGUGCGCUGUGUUUCAGCACAGACGGGACUACAUUGAGGGUUUUUGGUCUUCGGUGUGGAAGCAUCUUGAUCUUGCAGAGUGGCUCUGGCGACCUUCUCACCCGCCAAGUCAUCGGUAGAUCGAUUAUUGGAGGCGUCGCUGUCAAUCCGUGCCAAUCGUCAUUUGUCGUGGAUAAUACCUGGGAUGGUCUUGACCUCUUUGAGCUGUCCAACUGCCACUGGGUCAGAAGCUUCCUCACGAAUGAAACGAAAUUCCGUUAUCCGAAGCAGGUGGCCUUCGCUGAGAACGGCAGAGCGGUCGUCGGUGGGGAUGAGGAUGGGAAUAUCUAUGUCUUCGAUACGACCAGCGGAUCAGAACUUUCCGUUCUCCAGCACUCGAAAGGUGCUUCUGUCUAUACUAUAACAACUUCCUCUUUUGGGGGAAGCUCUUGGAUUAUUGCCGCUGAUUCGACUGAAGGCAAGGCAAGUUUUAUAUCGUCGGAAAGCGCACCCUUCGCUGGACGCUGA